UUGCCACACACAAAAAGUUCAAAUGUGCAGCCUGCUUUAAGGCAUACGUCACUAUCCCCUUUCCCCAUUUGUUACAAAGGCGAAAGUCGAUUUGAGCGCACACGCAAUUACUGGUAUCAGGGUAGAAGUUGAAAAACUAUCCAAGAAACGAACAAUUUUGUCUGAAAGGACAAAAAAGAGAAAAAGCUAGGCUAUCCAGUUUAAGCGUGGCGUGAGCGCACUUCUUUACAACACUUGAGCAGGUCAUCCAUUAGGCAAAACUACUGCUUUUGUCCACUGGCUUUGCCAAAAUCACUAAAACUGAAAGUUAUCAAGUGUUCCUUUAAGGUAGUUAAUGCAAAUAAAAUCGACUUGUUUUGUGAAAACACUUUAAGAAAGAAAUCAUCAAUGAAGUUGUGUUUUUUAUAAGUAAGCCAUAAUCCAAAUUGUUUUGUGCUAUAAUGUGCAUAAUUUCAAAUGAACAAAAAUCUAUACCAGAACUAUACAUGAUCUUCAAAUACAGAUGAAAUAUUCAACAUCAUGCUUUUAUUUAAGAAAACAAUGGAAAUUACAAGAGUGUGCUCAUUGCUCAUAUCAGCAAAUAACAGGAGAUGCAUCCCAUCCUGUCAGGCAGAAAGGCAACAUUAUAACACCAUUGUGCUUCCAUAUGAGCAGCUGCCUCCCCAAUGUGCCCCCGCCAACAUUGUUGGCAUUUACGAACAAACCUGUUUUGUUGGUUUCACAAAAGAAGAAAAAAAUGAUAGCUGCUCCAAGGUUUAAAUGUUCUCAUUGAUUUACAAGAAGCCCAAAGUGACACUCUUUUUCUGGGUCAGCCCAGCAGGCGACUGAAUGAGUGAGUGAUUGAGUAACUGAGUAACUGACUAAAUAACUGACAAAUGUCUGAAUUACCCCAAAAGGAAGACAUUUCUUAAAUACCAUAUGGCUCUCUAGGUAAAUACUGCAAAGGACAAAAAAAAAGCAUCAAGGAUGGCACACACACUAGCUUAAUGGAAGGGGAACAUGAAAACAUUUGUAAAAUGGUCAAUCAUUGGAGUUUGAAAAAUUUCCAACCGAAUGCCUCAUUGCAUCUUGUUAAUUAAAUUGUGUGUAUUCAAGCAACCACACUGAAGCUUCAGGGUCUCACAGAAGUUUCCUUGCAAACCCAACAAACGGCAAAAACAGAAUUCAGCCAUGCAAAAUGUUGCGUGCGCCUUUAAGAGCUCUUUGUACCACCCUACUGUCUGAGCCUCGUGCGUUUCUGGGGAUCAGCUGUCUUCCAUGCUGUACUGCGCAAGGACAUCUUUUCCAUCACGUUAGAGGGAUUAGAUGAAGAAACCUCCCUUUUCAAUGUCAUUUGCGCUUGUCUGAGAAGGAAUUCUGGACGGGCAGAAGACAAAGUUUGGAUUUGCGAAACUGAUCACUUUUUGAACUCUGCAGGAAAACACACCUAUUAUUCAACGCUGCGGACUGGCAGAAGGAAUUGUUUUUUGGAACACUUUUUAAACAAUGACAGAACCUACGUCUCAAAGGAUGUGUCCAAGUACUUCACUCAACUCUGCCAUUCAGUCUUUUUCUCCUAUGCCCUAUCAGAACAACCUCAGGAAAGUGAAGCAAACAGAAGACAGCUGUCCCUUUCCUAUUCCAGGACUUGCUGCAGACUUUUUCCACAUGAGAGUGAAAGAAGGAAGCAAGAUUCGCAAUCUACUGCGGUUCGCAACCGCUCGCAUGCAAGGAGAAGGGAAUGAAAUCCAUGGGCGGCCGCAGAGGCAGGUGGUCUUCACAGGCUCGGACAGAGGCGUCACCAAGACCAUUACCUGUGUGGAGAUCCUCAAACGUAAAGUGGAAGGACUCCACCAAGUAUCCAAGCUCUACUACAAGACCGUGAAUGAGGUUUGGAAAGGAUCACUACACAGUGCACCAGGUAUAACCAUUCAGAGGACAGUCCCUGUCAUCUGUAUUCUGCUCUCCAAAGACCCACUCAAUCCCCAGGAGCCUGGAUAUCAGCCCCCCAGGUCAACCAGCGCUCCCACAGAUAGCACAUGGAUAUGCAAAACCUCGCUCAGACCGCCUCAGUGCCCAACAUUAGCUAAGAGACUCUAUCUGGAAAAGUAAAGAAAUAUUACCUCCAAAUAGAUUUCUGUACUAUUCCCACUCUGGGGCACGAAGGUAAAUUUGAAUUGAUAUCAAGAAACAGAAAUGGGGAAUAGGUGGGGGGGGGGGGUACCUGAUAAGGUGGUUUGGACGUUUUUAAUUCCUUCAUUUUAACGAACACCGCAAAGUCGGUCGAGAUGAACUGAGCCCUGUUAUCAGUAGCGAUAACGUCAGGCACAUCCCAGCGGGCAAACGGAGGAAAGGAAGUCCGUGACAACCUUGAGUUAGGCUCAGGACUAUAAUUAUUGGGGCAUGAGCUCAAUUUUCAGAUGCAAGGCGUAGAAAUGACUACAGUUUUUAUACACUGUCUGUAUACCUCCCAUUUUGAAUGGAUUAGAAGUAAUGUGCCAAUUUAAUAAUCAAUCUCUUGGCGUGAACUGGAUUGAGCAUUUUACUUGCUGAAGAUAAAAGGCUAACAGAAACUGAAGCCUUCUGCCUAGCAAAGCAUCGCUAGGGAUGAAAUCCAGCAUUUUCUUAUGUCUAUCAUGUGUUCCAGAAUUCAAGCUGUCAUUGACUGCCAAGACAAUGCAACCAGUGUUGUUAAUAACGGUGUUUCUAACGGCAUUAUUUUUUUCAUUAAUGAGUAAUCUAAUUAAUGACUUUUUCCAUCUUUGUGAUGCCGUUAACGUUACUGGGGAUGUGAAGGGGCGUGUUACUGGAAUUUGGUGGAAUGAUACGCGAGUUGUCUGAUUUUGUCACGGCUUCCUGGCAGAAAGCAGAGCGGGAGGGGGAGGAUCGAAUAUAACUCGAUGAUGAUUGGCUCGGUGGCUCUGAGCACUAGCAUAGCGUUCGCGGUCUCGUUAGCAUUAGCAUUUAGCGUGGCGAGGGUCAUUUUAAACUCUGGCAACUUUUUUUUAACAUACAGUACAUGGCGUCUAGGUGGGUACAAUUGAAAAUAAUGUACUAUUUUCUACUGAGUGUGCAUUAUCAUCACCAAGUUGGCGUUGUCCUUGUAGAUGCUUCAUUAUUAUAUGUGCGUGUACAGUGGGGCAAAUAAGUAUUUAGUCAACCACUAACUGUGCAAGUUCGCCCACUUGGAAAUAUUAGCGAGGCCUGUAAUUGUCAACAUGGGUAAAUCUCAACCAUGAGAGACAGAAUGUGGCGGGAAAAAAACAGAAAAUCACAUUACUUGAUUUUUAAAGAAUUUAUUUGCAAAUCAUGGUGGGAAAUAAGUAUUUAGUCAACACCAAAAGUUCAUCUUAAUGCUUUGUUAUGUACCCUUUGUUAGCAAUAACGGAGGCCAAACGUUUUCUGUAAGUCUUCACAAGCUUUUCACACACUGUUGCUGGUAUUUUGGCCCAUUCCUCCAUGCAGAUCUCCUCUCGUCUCAUCUUCAAUGCCCUUGCUGAUGGAAGGAGAUUUUCACUCAAAAUCUCUCGAUACAUGGCCCUAUUCAUUCUUUCCUUUAAACAGAUCAGUCAUUCUGGUCCCUUUGCAGAAAGACAGCCCCAAAGCAUGAUGUUUUCAUCCCAUGCUUCACAGUGGGUAUGGUGCAGUUAAGUAUUCUUUCUCCUCCAAACACGAGAACCUGUUUCUCUACCAAAAAGUUCUAUUUUGGUUUCAUCUGACCAUAACACAUUCUCCCAGUCCUCUUCUAGAUCAUCCAAAUGCUCUCUAGCGAACCGCAGACAGGCCUGGACAUGUACUGGCUUCAGCAGGGGGACACGUCUGGCCGUGCAGGAUUUGAGUCCCUGGCGGCGCAUUGUGUUACUGAUAGUAGCCUUUGUUACUGUGGUCCCAGCUCUCUGUAGGUCAUUCACUAGGUCCCCCGUGUAGUUCUGGGAUUUUUGCUCACCGUUCUUGUUAUCAUUUUGACGCCACGGAGUGAGAUCUUGUAUGGAGCCCCAGAUCGAGGGAGAUUAUCAGUGGUCUUGUAUGUCUUCCAUUUUCUAAUUGCUCCCACAGUUGAUUUCUUUACACCAAGCGUUUUGCCUCUUGCAGAUUCAGUCUUCCCAGCCUGGUUCAGGUCUACAAUUUUGUCUCUGGUGUCCGUUGAAAACUCUUUGGUCUUGGCCAUAGUGGAGUUUGGAGUAUGACUGAUGAUUGAUGACACUGCGCACCGUAGACAUAGGAACAUUCAGGUCUUUGGAGAUGGACUUGUCGCCUUGAGAUUCCCUGUGCUUCACAAUUUUGCUUCUCAAGUCCUCAGACAGUUCCUUGGUCUUCUUUCUUUUUUCGAUGCUGAAUGUGGUACACACAAGGACACAGGGCAGAGGUUGAGUCAACUUUCAUCCAUUUUAACUGGCUGCAAGUGUGAUUUAUUUAUUCAUUCAUUCAUUCAUUUUCCAUGCCGCUUUUUCCUCGCGAGGGUCGCGGAGGUGCUGGAGCCUAUCCCAGCUAACUACGGGCAGUUGUUACCACCUUUUAUGUGCCACAGGUAAGUAACAGGUGCUGUUAAUUACACAAAUUAGAGAUGCAUCACAUGAUUUUUCAAAGGGUGCCAAUACUUUUGUCCGGGCCAUUUUUGGAGUUUUGUGUUAAAUGAUAAUGAUUUCAAAAUAAUCCAUUCUCUUAAUUAUGUUUGUUUAUUACGUCGUACUGAAAAAAAAUCAGGAAUUAUAGCUAGCUAGCUAUAACUAUAUAGCUAGACCUAUGUAUUAGAUAUUUAUAGCAACUGUGUGAAAGUCAGUGUGAGAUUAUGAUGAUUGUAGUUGCAUCUGGGCAUGCCCAAUCCAAUGUCAAUAACCCAUUGUCAAUAGUUGCAUCUUGUUUCAAGUAACAAUCAUGCAUGCUUGUGACCUUGUCGUGUGACAUCACAUGGUAAGAUGGCGUCUGUGAGGAAAAAUUGACAAAGAAAAUGAAUGGUAAAUUAAGUAUUUCUUAAAAACAUAUGUACGCAAUGUACUGGAAACCGAACAUUGCGUUAUAAUAUGCAUAUUGCGUCACUUCAUAUUGCAAUACAUAUACCGAUACAGUGCUGUAAAUCAAUAAAUCUAUAGUUCUAUUUAUCUUUUUAAGUGCCAAUAAGGGGAAGGUAUGUGUCAGUCAAAAUCUUACUAUGGACCUGUGACUUUAACCACAUCCACCACUAGAUAGAGAUUAUCAUAUUUAUCCAUCUAUAUCAUGCUAAAAUUAAAUUGGGUCACUACUUGACCUUUUAUAGGGCUAGUGACUAUUUUUGGUAGUUUAAAAAAAUUAUAUAUAAGUAUCUACAUAACUUUAGACCGGGUGACCGCAUACCAUCAACUUUUGGGUAAUGUAGGCCAGAAUAUUAACAUUUGGUAUACAAAUGUGGGCAACAUGACCCAAAAUGUCAUGUCCAUUUAUUGUAUGUACACACCAGGUCUCAAUGAGUGGUCUAGUCUAGUUUUUAGCAUUGGGUAUACUGUUUAAACUCAUCUAGGCUUGCCGCGACAAUUACUACAUCGAUUUGUUGUCCGACAGUACAAACUAUCUUUGAGCAUUUAAUAUAUUGAAUUAUCAGCUGAUCUGCUGGUUAAAAUGGCCAACCAUUAUGUUUUUCAGGGUGGGAUAAAUUACAUGUAAUCAUUCAUUGACACUGCCUUGUUCUGACUCUCUUUCCUUACCUUGCUGUGUGGUAACGAAUUUAUUAGUUGUAAUAGUCUGUCAAUAGGAAAAGAAAAAUCAAUUAUUCUAGCAUUUAUCACAAUAGUUUUAGGAGAAAAUAUAUCAUCCUACAAAAACAGUUUUUUGACAAGGCCAAACUCAUUUGUCCCAGACAAACACAUUUUACAACAACAAUUAUCGUGGAGUAACCUCUCAUAAGCAACCCUGUGGCUGAUGCUACUCCACAAACAUUUACAGUACUACCAAACAUCAUGUCACAAGACAUCCCCUUCUUUCAACCACCACAGAAAAUUAUGUUCUUUGACAACAUGAACACAGAAUUUACUAAAGGAAAGAUUAGAUUCCCAUCUUUUAUCAAUAAAAAAAAAAAAGUCUGUUCUUUAGUAAUAUGCAGGGUUUUUUUUACUUUGACCUCUGUUAAUUUUGCAUACAAGAUUAAAAUUAAUAGUAAUUUUCAACUAAAAAAUCAUGUGACUGUUUUCAAAUUUGACUUUUCUGUGUGGGGUGAGACCACGAUUUUCCAGAGACCGUAACUUGUGGACAAGCCACAACCAAGACUUUUCGGAGUCGACUAGAAAAUGUGGUCUCGAGUGUUACAAGUUACGAU